AUCACAACACAAAUUUACUUUAUUACCAAAAUCUAUAAUUUUUUUAAUAUAUAUAUAAAUAGUAAAAACCUUUUCAUCUCCUAACAAAAAUCCAAUAACAACAAAAAUAUAAUGAACCAAAAUCCCCAUUGACAAAACGAAAUUGAUAUAUAUAUACAUACACACAAGAGAUCUCUCUACUCUUUUUUUUUUCGUGUGUUUUAAUCAAAUUGCAGUUGAAUUAUUGAGUAGGAAUGUCAGGUGUAUCAUUGAAGUGUGGUGAUUGUGGAACACUUUUUAAAUCUGUGGAAGAAGCACAAGAACAUGCUGAACUUACUUCACAUGCUAAUUUCUCUGAAUCAACUGAAGCUGUUCUUAAUCUUGUUUGUACUUCUUGUGGCAAGCCUUGUCGUUCCAAAACGGAGAGUGAUUUACACACCAAGAGAACUGGGCACACGGAAUUUACUGACAAGACAGCAGAGGCAGUGAAGCCAAUCAGCUUGGAGGUGCCAAAGCCAAAGCCCAACGAUGAUGAAGACAUGGCAGAGGGUGGUGAUGGUGGUACUGGCCAGCAUGAAGAAAUGGUUGUUCCUGAAGUUGACCAAAACCUGCUCUCGGAACUCGAGACAAUGGGAUUUCCGAAAGCUAGGGCUAUCCGGGCACUCCACUUUUCUGGCAAUGCCAGCUUGGAGGCUGCUGUAAAUUGGGUUGUAGAGCAUGAAAGUGACCCAGACAUUGAUGAAACACCGAUGGUACCUGCCAGUGCCAAGAAAGCUGAGGCUUCAAAGCCUUCUCUUACUCCAGAGGAAAUAAAGAUGAAACAACAAGAGUUGAAGGAGCGUGCUCGUAAAAAGAAAGAAGAGGAAGACAGACAAAGAGAAAGAGAGAGAGAAAAGGAAAGAAUUAGAAUUGGUAAGGAACUCCUGGAAGCAAAACGGAUUGAGGAAGAUAAUGAAAGAAAACGUAUAAUAGCAUUGCGCAAGGCCGAAAAAGCGGAAGAACAACGAGCUAGGGAGAAGAUUCGUCAGAAGCUGGAAGAAGAUAAGGCAGAAAGAAGAAGGAAGCUCGGUUUGCCACCAGAAGAUCCCGCUUCCCCCAAACCGUCUACUGCACCUGUUGUGGAGGAAAAAAAGAGCUCGUUUUUGCCUGUCAGACCAGCUACAAAGGCAGAGCGGAUGAGAGAGUGCCUGCGAACUCUUAAGCAGGCCCACAAGGAUGAUGAUGCCAAAGUCAAGACUGCUUUCAACACGCUGCUAACUUAUGCAAAGAAUGUCGCUACAAAUCCCAAUGAGGAGAAAUUUCGCAAGAUUAGACUUAGUAAUGCUGCUUUUCAGGAUAGAAUUGGCAAACUGCAAGGAGGCAUCGAGUUUCUUGAGCACUGUGGAUUCGAGAAAAUUGAAGGGGGUGAAUUCUUGUACCUGCCAAGAGAAAAAGUGGACAUGGCAGUACUUAAUACUGCUGGAACUGAGUUGAACAAUGCCAUUAAAAAUCCCUUCUUUGGAGUCCUCUAAAUCUUAUACAUUGCUUCAGACAACUUGAUUGAAGGUUACUUGAGUUAAUAUAAACUGAAACUGUAAAAGCUAUUAAGGUUUUGAUGGACUCAUGUUCCUUUUGAACCAUUUUUUAUUACUAGUUGAAGGGAUUAAGUUGAUGUUGAAA